CACUGCAAAGUGAUCAGCAUCUGAGAGACCCUCCCCAUAUCCUGCACGACUAUCUUUCAAACCCAGUACAACUGAGGAACAUAAAACCUCCCGCAGUCUCUAUCGUCUAAUCGCCAGUCUCCCCCCACUGAAAAGUGGCCAACACCUAAGAGAGCCAGCUCCCCAACUCCUCUUCCGAGAUCCUCUGCAAUCAUCUUUCAAAUCUACUGAGACAGAUCCCCACACCAUCCCUCGCCGGCACUGUCGUCUCACCUUCGUUCACCUCCACCCCACCAGGGAAAGGGAAGAAAGCUCCACCGUUUCCUCCCCCGUUCCCUGAUCCACUCCAUAGUGAAUUGAGCCACGACUCCCACGACACCAACAUCACUUCGCGUCCUGCGUGCCCCCACUUCUUUGUUUAUCCCACCACGAACAUCCUCCUCUUUAGCAAACAUGGCCUCCCAGGCAGCCCCCACCCGGGUGCGCUGCACCAUCCCCAAAUGCAGACUCUACUUCGCCUCCGACGUGGCCAUGAAGAAGCACAAGGUCAUCGAGCACGAGUACUGCAUCCGCUGCGACGAGGACUUCGAGGACGACGAGCGAUACCUGAUCCACCGCAUCCAGAGCGAGAAGCACAUCGUUUGUCCGAUGUGCGCGAGCGAGUUCCGCUGCGAGGGCGGCCGGGACACCCACAUCCGCAACCUCCACCGCGCCCAUCAGAGAGUGACCUGCGUCGGCUGCAAGCAGAAAUUUAACCAAGCCAGCGCCCUGGUCCGCCACAUCGAGGAAGACGACUGCCCCGAGAUUCCGAUGACGCGGCUCCUGCACGAGCAGUCCAAGAAGUUCAUCAUCAAGGAGGCCCUUCGAACUGGCGAGGGAACCGGGCUGCCGACUCUGCCGGACCCCGAGGGCGUCGAUGAGUCCGAGGGCGGCGUCAAGCUCACCGGUCCCCUCGAGGCCGAUGACGGCAUCGGAUUGUCGCACCCCUCGCUGAUCAACGCGCCCAAGGGUGCCUUUUCGUCGGCCAUGCUGGCGUUUGAAGACGAGGAGAAGGGCGGUGCUUGCGCAGCCAACCCCAAAAGCCAUGCCGAUACCGCUGGAAAGGGCAAGGAGAAGGCACAGGCUCCCCCUGCUGCUUUCCCUGGCGACGAGAAUGCCCCGUUCGGCAAGCAGAUCGACGCGGGAUAUACCCUUCGUCUUAUCGAUCGUAACUGGGAUCCAACCAGGUUUUUCAGCUCCUUGAGUGGUCUGUAUGAGUGUCCCUGUGGAAAGAACUUCAAGGACAUGAGGGUCUUCGAGCACCAUAUGCUGGCGAAGAGCAACGCCCGUCCCUGUCUUCCCUCUCUUGUGCUUCACAAGCCAGGAUACACGCCAACUUACCCUCUCCCCAGAUGCCCCGGCUGUCUCCGCAUGUUCAAAUCCACCGCCGCCCUCGUGGCACACUGCGAAUCCGGCACUAUCCGCUGCAACCUCAACGACGGCCCGAAGUUCGGAGAUAUCAUCGACGAGGUGAGCGGGGGUUUCGUCAAGGCCGUGGGCCUCCACACCGACGGGACGGUCAAGUACGAGGCGGGCAAGAUUGAUGUGAACCGUUCCACGACCAUCGGACAGGAUAUGCGAGAGAGACGAAUGUGGUAGGAGAACGAUCGAAAGAGGUAGAAAAAGUCGCCUCUUUGCGCAUCCAGGGAUUGUUCUCGACGGAUUCAUUGACUUGGUUUUGUUUCAUGGGAUUGGUCAUUCAAUAAUUUGCAAUUUGCAAUUGCGCCGGGGGAGGAUAUUGACUCAAUAUCAGACUCCCAUAGUUAAUUCACAGUGUAUCUCUUAGUCAGACUGGCAAGAACGGAGGAAAUAUUGAGGCGC